GUUCUCGAUAGCGUUAUAUGUCAGUUUUGACACUGUCAGUGACUCUUGGUACGGGUUCAGUUCUAAGUUAUCUGCCCUCAGUACUAGUCGUUCAGCCAACGUUAUUUUUCCUAUUCUGUUACUAAUUUACGUAAUAUUAUUGCGAAUUUGAUAAAUAAAUUAGUUUUAUAGUGAAGCGGUAUAUUAAUGAACAUGGAUUGCAAUAAUAAUAUAUCUAGUUUUCGCCGCUCGUCUACAUCUACAGGGAUCCACAACGGCCAGGCAGCCGGACCUCAGUCUCCGGCCUCAAAUCCUGAAGAUCUAUUUUAUGAGGACUUGCCAAUCAUCAAUGGAACUGCAAACUUUGACGUCAUUUCUGAACAUGGCGAGGGUUCAUUCGGAAAAGUGAUAAAGGUACAACAUAAGAUUGACAAGCAGUACUAUGCCAUAAAACGUAUCCCACUCGAAUAUGUGCAUGAUGAAAUAACUGAAGCAAAACUAAUGUCUCGCCUAGAACAUGAAAAUAUUGUUCGUUACUAUAAUUCAUGGAUUGAACAUGAACAAGUACCAGAUAUAAAUAAAAACACCGGAGAAAUUCAAAAUAACAACAGUGUCCAAAGUCUACGGCUGUGCAUCCAAAUGGAAUUUUGUGAAUACACACUACAACAAGUUAUGCGCAGCAAAAGAUUUAAAUACUCAAACAACAAGUUGGAUUAUUUUUGGCAGAUAUUGAAAGGUUUGAUUUACUUGCAAAGGAAAGGGUUAUUUCAUAGGGACCUUCACGAUGAAAAUAUUUUGGUUGAUCACGAAGGAUGUGUGAAAAUUGCUGACUUUGGAAUAAUGUCGACGUCGGCAGAUUACAACAUGUCAAUGGACCUUAUCAUUAUAUUGGAGCAGAUGUUUGGUAAGAAUUUAUCCAAGCAUGAAGAAGAGAAUAACAACGAAAAUGAUGAAAUCACUGUAGCGAAAAAGCUAUAUAGAUUGCUCCGACAACCUAAGGAAGCUUGCAAAGGCGAGCGUCCACCGUGCGCCGACGUGUGCGCCGAUUUAUUCAAAUACUACAAUGAAAAUAUUGCAGAUGAACAAGGAAAAAUCUAUAUGGCGGCAAGCAAUGAAAUAAGCGCCAGUAGAUUUAAAAUAUAACGUGUAAAAUAUAUGAAUAAGCCUUAGUGGAUUUAAAAUAUAACGUGUAAAAUAUAUGAAUAAGUGAAGGAUGUAAGGGCCAAUUAUCGAUUAUUUGCUGAACACUGAAAUGGGCAAUAAGCCUGAAAUAAAAUCGUAUUGGGCAACGUCGUCCGUUUUUUUAGGUAUUAGUUUUAGCUUUGUAGGUAGUUAUAAUUUUAGGUUAUAUUUUAAACUAAUUUUGUUGUUAAUUUACUAAGUAUGUUUCAGUUUUAAUAAAAUAUAUUUUGAAAAAAUAAAAUACUGGAUACACAAUAUUCGUCCAUAUGAGGAGUACCUUUUCAAAAGGGGUUAUUUCCAAAUUAUAAACUGAAAUAAAAUGUCAUAUACCAUAGAAAAAUUGCUGAAGACGCGGGUUCAUUUCCGCUUCGGUCACCGGUGUACUUGGUUACUUUUUCUUUGGUGUAUGAUAUCUAUUUCAGUUUAUAAUUUAUAUAUAGUAGUGUGACUACUUAAAAAAACAAAUCAAAGAAUAUUUCAUAAUAUAAUUUGAUUUGUACUUAGUAGGGCUUAUUUCCAUUUUUCGUUUUUUUUUUGCUAUCAAUUCAGUUCUGCUUAAAACAUAAAAUUACGCAUUUUAAUUAAGAUAAAAGUUAAAAAAAAAAUAUUUUAUUGUUCUCUAAAAAAAGGUUCAAAUAUAAGUUAAUAAUAAUAAGUUCGGAUCAAAAGAGCUUAUUUCAUCCUUUUACAUACACAGCGUUCCUUGGCCAAUAUUUUUAUAGCACUUGGUUAUCUUAUGACUCAGUACCUGUGUACGUAAAAAUAAGUUAUAAACAUGGUUAUUGAAUACAAAUGUUUAUCUUAAUCAAUUAAAUCAUCAAUAAUUGCACUUUGUAUUGCACCCUACUUCAUGCAUAAUAAUUUUAUUAUACAUAAACACCAACAUACCAUUAUUUUUAAUAGUUAUUUUUAAUUACUGAAUAAAAAGUUAUCCAAUUAAAAAAUAUUGCUGUGAUGUACCUACAUUCUACAAAUAAAAAAUGUUUAUAUAUCACACGGCCUCAACAAAUCGGCUUAGUUCUUAAAGUUCGCACAAAAAGUGUGUAGUUCUGAAAUUGUAGGUAUAGUAAUUAAAAUAAUUAUUAAGAUAAAUAAAGAAAUGUAUGCAAUGCGUUAGUAGAAUAUCGAAAAUAAAAUAAUGAUUACGGAAUGAAAACCGUAGAUUUAUGUUUUUCUCGAUUUCCCGCUAAUAGUGUAUGUGGAAGUAAGCCGUAUUGAAAACUUGAAAAGACACUUCUCAUAUGUCCACUUCAAGUGGCAGGGCACCGGCUCGUGGUCGAUAACGUUAUUUAAAUUUGAAAUUUGAAAAUUCAUAUAAAAUUAAAAUUCCAACUACCGUAAAGUGGCAUACCCACGUGAAGGGUUAAAAUAAUAAAAUGAAAAAGACAAAAAAAAUCGAAGAACAAUAUUGUAAUACGGUGAAGUUUCAUAUUUCGUCAGCUGAACCAAAACUCACUCAUCAAAAAAAAAAAUUAAGCAUAAUUAACCUUAUUUUGGUACUAGCACAGUUCACUAGGGCUGUUAAUUUGUGAUAGUAGUAAGUUUUGGUCGACCUGACGAUUUGGCCUUGGCCAAUAACAACCGGGUGGUCAAGGAACAAUCCUUACCUAAUUGUUUCAUAAGCAAUAAGCAUACUUUAUUUAGGUUAUGUUAAAAUAUUUAAAGCACUAAGUGAGACUUUUAGAUUUGGUACAACAUACAUACAUAUACAUAAGUAGGUACAGUCACAGUCUGAAAAUAUAGAUACGGAAAAAAUCCCAAUAAUAUGUAUACAAGACCUUAAUGCUCAUACAGGGUGUCCAGUAAUGAAUGGACAACCUUCUAACCACGAAUAGGGCACUUUAGGCUGGUCCAGAAAAUCGACUUAGAGGUUUAGUAAAAGGCCUCUGGUUUUCGAGAUUUUCACGCUUUUCAUAAUUUCAGGAUUUUGCUUCCUCAUUUCACUCUAAUGACCGUGGAAGCCACAGAUAAAAAGAUUUUUACGAUCUGUUUUUUGAAAAAUUUUCUCAAAUAGUGCUACUAACUGACUAACAUAACAGUGUUUUGGCAGUCCCGACGAUUUUUUUGUAAUCAGACCUUCAUUAAAAAAAAAUCAUUUUUGACUUACAUUUUCUACAAGUUUGAUCGCCUGUGGUGAAAAAAAUUUGUAUGGACAUUAAAGCGGCCAACUCCCUAAAAAUUAGCUUACUUAAUGGUGAUUCAGAAAAGGUAAAACAAGUGAUAUUUACUACUUACGGAAAAAAAUAUUUUACCUUUAAUAAUCAUUAAGAGCGACUUGAUGAUUGAAGAUGAUUUUAGUUUGCACUGCAAAAAUUAUUUGUUCCAAGAUUAACUUUGUCGCAAUUGCUUUCUAAGCUUAUCUUUAGAAUAAUGACAGUGUAUUAUUUUUAUUUUUAUUAAUUCGCUAAAAGAAGCCACCGAUGUGCUACCGUACCUAAGUGCCUGAUGAUCGGAGUGGUAAACAAAGGGCAAAAUGCCAUUGUUCUAAUGAUUUGCUUACCAAAUUGACAAUAAAGAUUUAAUUUUGGAACAUCAUUAAAAAAUGACAGCUAGUUGCGUCGCUAAGUACCUAUCUACUACCUUAACGACAUUGAACUCCACCUGAUAAGGCUUCCCCACCUUUUAUUAACUUUCUUUAUUAGGUACGAAAGGAUUGUUUACAGUACAUAUGGGGCUACUUUAUAGCACUAGUGCGAGAAGUAGCAUAUUAUGUUACUGUGUCGAACAUUUAAAGGGCCAUAUGUACUGUAAAACGUUGUACGAUACAUGUGCGAAUAGGUAAUUCGCAACUCGUGUCGAUUUAAAACACUCCCUUCGGUCGUGUUUUAAUUUAUCGCCACUCGUUUCGAAUUUCCUAUUUUUCGCACUUGUAUCGUAAUGUACUAAUUUAGUAUGUUAUCAACUUCACUGGAGAUAAUACCUACUACCUUCCUGUUACCCUGACCUUGUGUGUGCUGUAUUUGUUUGCUGUAACCUGGUUUGUUCUGGACAUUCGAAUUAACAACGACUUAGCGUUAUCCUGGACGGUGUAAUUUCUUAGGCGAGAUGCCAAACCAGUAUCAACCCCGCGAGUACGCCAAUAUGCAUUUUAUCUACGGGGAAUGUAGAGGAAAUGCUAAUGCAGCUGCUGCAUUGUAUGCCGAGAGAUAUCCGGACGCACGUCAUCCCGAUCAUCGAGUGUUUACGAGAGUUCACACAGCAUAUUGUGAAGGAAGAAAGGUGUUGGUGGUCAUGCCGAAGGCAGACCCCGAGAUCCCGACCUUGAAGAAAUAGUGCUUGAGGAACUUGAGGCCGAUCGCUCGACAUCGACACGUGUAAUCGCACAACACACGGGGAUAGCAAAAUCGACAGUACACAGCAUUUUGAAAAGGCACCUUCAAUAUGUUCCAAGAGUGAAUUUCUGUCGACUAAUGCUUGAAAAAAUGGAAGAAGAUCCAACGUUUUUUGACGAAAUUCUGUGGAGUGACGAAUCAACAUGCCAAAGAGAUGGCUUCCUCAAUAUGCAUAAUGUGCACAGCUGGCAGGUAAAAGGACACAAUCCACAUUUAAUGCGAGAGGACCACUCACAAUAUCAAUUUAAAAUUAAUUUGUGGUCGGGGAUUUUAAACGGGGAAAUAAUUGGCCCUUUUGAAUUGCCACAGACUUUAAAUGGACCCAGAUAUUUGGAGUUUCUUCAAAAUGAACUUCCCAUUUUAUUAGAGAACGUUCCAUUGAACAUUAGAGCAACCAUGUGGUUGCAAAACGUUGGCUCAUUUUGCCGUUCAAGUCCGCCAGUAUCAGAACGAAACGUUCCCCAGUAAAUGGAUAGGCCGGGCUGGGCCAAUAGAAUGGCCUCCACGUUCUCCGGGCUUAAAUCCGCUGGAUUUUUUUUACUGGGGCUGCAUUAAAGAAAUGGUUUAUUCUAAAUCAAUAAAUUCCGUGCAAGAGCUGCGUCACAAUAUUCAACCUGCUGCAAGAGCAAUAAGCCAAAAAAGAUACGCACGAAUGCUAAAAAGGAAUUUUAUAAAAAGAUGCAGAGCCUGUAUUCGUGUAGAGGGCAAGCUAUGCAUAGCCAUGUCUAUAGCUAUAUAUAUAUGUAUAUAUAUGUAUUAAGGUAGUGUAUAUACAUUUUUGUCAGUUUGUCCGUAUCUAUAUUUUUAGACGUGACUGUACCUACAAAAUAUGAUUAUUUUAAUGUAUUUGAGAAAUUAUACGUUACGUUAUAUACGAGUAGAGUGUAUAAUAUAAUUAUAGAGUAUAAAGAGCCAUUGAGACGUAGUGUAGAAGAGGCCUACUUGCUAUUUUUAAAAUUAUACGAGGUAAUUUUUUUAUAUUAUAAUUCUGUAAACUUUUUAUAUUUUUAAUAAAUAAUUUUAUAAAUUAUCUACCUACUAUUCUUAUUAUUAACUAUGCCAGAAUCAUUUACUAAGUAAAUGUCCCAGUGCUCGACACGCUA